UUCCGGUGCUCGGGACUGCUCCGCAUCCUUCCUCCUGUUCCUGCCCGGAAUCCGUCGUAUUACAAGCAGACGAGUCGCUCUGCUAAAUUAAAUGUUAAGAGGCAUUAAAGCCUCUUCGAGUGGCCUGCGACACAAUUUUCGCCGAUGCGCUUCGUCGGCGUCGAACUCAAACGCAUACGAUGUCGUCGUGAUUGGUGGAGGCCAUGCAGGCUGUGAGGCAGCGGCCGGUGCCGCACGAACAGGUGCACGGACGGUGCUCUUGACGCAGAAGCUCGACACUAUCGGAGAGCUGUCAUGCAACCCAUCCAUUGGAGGUGUAGGAAAGGGUACUCUUGUGAGGGAAGUGGAUGCAUUGGACGGUGUAAUGGGCAAAGUUACAGACAAGGCAGGGAUCCAGUUCCAUAUGCUGAACACCUCCAAGGGGCCCGCCGUCUGGGGGCCUCGCGCGCAAAUCGACAGGAGGUUGUACAAGCAUCACAUGCAAGAGACUCUCCAUAGCUACCCUAGCCUCGACAUCCGCGCCGCGAGCGUGCACGACCUCAUCUUCGAUCACGCUUCCGCGGACGGGACUUGGGGGUCGGUCACUGGUGUGCGCCUCGACUCAGGCGAGGUCUUCCAGUGCUCGCAGGCUGUCAUCUGCACAGGCACAUUCCUCUCGGGCGAAAUCCACAUCGGGAUGAAGACCUUCCCUGCGGGGCGCAUGGGUGAGGACCCAUCAGUCGGUCUCUCGGGUUCGCUGCGCUCCGCGGGCUUCAAGCUCGGCCGCCUGCAGACGGGCACCCCCGCGCGCCUGCGGCUCCAGACGAUCAACUUUGACGACCAGCGGCUGGAGGUACAGGAAGGCGACAUGGACCCGCAGCCGUUUAGCUACAUGAACCCCACAGUCGACAACGCGGCCAACCAAGUGCGCUGUUACAAGACGCACACAAACUCGGCGACACACCAGAUCAUCCGGGAGAAUAUACACCGUGCUGUGCACAUACAAGAGACGAAGAAAGGCCCGCGGUAUUGUCCGUCGCUGGAGGCGAAGGUCAGGCGAUUCCCGCAGAAAGAAGCACAUAUUGUGUGGCUCGAACCUGAAGGAUAUGACUCAGAUCUCGUAUACCCGAAUGGUCUCUCAAAUAGCAUGCCUGAAGACGUGCAGGAAGUGUUGUAUCGUACCGUGGCGUCUCUAGAGAAUGUCGAGAUCGUACGUCCAGCAUAUGGUGUCGAGUACGAUCAUGUUGACGCAAGGGAACUCAAAGCGACCCUUGAAACAAAACGAAUCAAUGGUCUUUUCCUUGCUGGCCAAAUUAAUGGCACUACAGGUUACGAGGAGGCCGCAGCACAAGGCAUCGUUGCCGGUAUCAACGCGGGCCUGGCCGCCCAGUCACGACCUCAACUUGUGCUGACGCGUGCAGACGGCUACGUCGGUGUUAUGAUCGACGACUUGAUUGUGAAGGGUGCCGAGGAGCCAUACCGGAUGUUCACAUCACGCUCAGAGUAUCGGAUGACCAUUAGGAGUGACAAUGCCGACCUGCGCUUGACUGAGAAAGGUCGUGCAGCGGGUGCCGUGGCAGAAUCUAGAUGGUCUCACUUCGUCAGCACGCGCAACGAACUCUCUCGCGUGACAGAACUGCUGCAAUCCAUCGUCCACAGUCCUCAGGGCUGGGCCAAACACGGUGUGACGAUGGUAUUUGAUGGCAUCCCACGCAGCGCGUUCGAUGUCCUGCGCUUCCCGCACGUCACCCCCUCCGAUCUGCAGAAGGUCCUACCGACGCUGGCGGACAUCGACCCGCAGCUGCUUGCGCGCGUACACAUCGACGCCAAGUACCACGGACAUGUCUACCGACAGGAGGCAGACGUGCGUGCGUUCCUGCGGGACGAGCACCUCCUGCUCGAUCCUGCGAUCGACUACUGGGCGGUCGACGGCCUCAGCAACGAGGUCAAGGAGCGCCUGAGCCGCGUGCGCCCUUCGAGCAUCGGUGCGGCGAAGCGCAUGGAGGGCAUGACGCCCACGUCGGUGCUGUACCUGCUCAAGUAUGCGAAGCGGGCGCAUGCACAGUUCAGCGCUGCGUCCGGAGCAAUCGAGGGGGAUGCUGUCCAAGCAAUGGCUGCAUAAGGUGGCAUUUACUGGUUAUCUAGAGUUCAGAUGUAGAUUACAUCGCUCCAUUCCCUCGAUAAGUGUACAACUGUGACAAAUCUAGCUUUACUUUCCCUUCAAAAUGCUGUCUAUCCUCGCCGUCUGUACGCGCUUACGGUAAUCCAUCCACACGGGGAAGCCGAAGACGAAGACCGUCAGAAGGUAAAGCAACUGCGCACGCAGUUCGUUCAGUCAGCAACACGCAGAAGGACAAUAUGAUACGCACUGUAGACACAAACGGCGUCUUAUGCUUCUGGCAAAGCCGGUACAAGUAGGCUGCUUCCAGGAUAUGCGAAAUGAGCACGAAAUACCAGCACGCCGGGAGCCACCAGCCCGGCAAUGAAUUUCUGACGAAUUCAGCAGGCGCCCAGAUAGGCCCAUACGCCGACGACGGCGCAAGGGUGAUGUAGACGAGUGGGCUAAGCAUUGACGUUGACUUCCAGACGUCCGGGGUGAGGCGAUAGUCCAGGAUUUCUGGAGCUUUGCUCUGCAGGACUAUGUCACGGGCGAACUAAGCGAAUGUGGAUAUGCGAGCGUACCAUACCCAGGGCGUCCUCUGCGUCAACCUUCAUUUGCAGCAUGCGCGACUUGACCUCGUCGUAUCCCGCGAGCGGAGGGUCGAACGGGACGCGUACUUCCUUCGAUGUGCCAACCUUCGUCUUAUAUGAGAAAUUCAUGCCCUGCGAAGGAUAAGCGGGACUACAUCGAGCUCUAUCCGUAUGGCACGUACCUUGCUGUCGAUGAGAGUCAUCUUUGCGCUCUCGACUUUCUCCUUCACCUGGCCGUAGUGCCGGAUAUAGGAGACGAGUGUGUCCGGGUGGUUCGACAUGUACAUGCACAGGAACGUCGACUUUUCGCGCACUGGGUCAGACAUGGCUGCUUAUCGUCCUGGGGGAGUGCGAGGGGAAGAGUAAGCUGGGAGGAAGAGUAAGCUGGGAGGAAGAGUAAGCUGGGAGGUGGUGGUUGGGAGCCAAGCGUGCGAGAGUGUCCCGACCCGGUGUCGGUGAUGGUUUUAAACCGGUGUG